AUGAAGAUAUUCCAUUGGAUUUGCUUGAAUCCUGUCAGCGAACCUGGUAGCCAGCUGAUGACCGUAGCAGCCACAUGGAUGGUUAUUGCGGUAGCUCUCUCCCACAACUUCCAUGCCCUCGCCACCGAAACAGAGGCAGAUGCUCUUCUUCGCAGCGGAUGGUGGCCUCACCACGUUACAAGCAACACUUCCUUGUCGCAAUGCGAGUGGCGCGGCAUUUCGUGCGACCAUUCUGGUAGCGUCACCGAAAUAAACUUGCCACUAGGACGCUGCUACGGCUGCUCGACUGGAAGUAAUUUGGGCAGCAUGGAUUUCUCUCUCCUCCCGAAUCUCGCCUUUCUUGGGCUGUCUUAUAACUGCUUCUGCGGUAUCAUUCCCCUCCAAAUAUGUGCACUCCCAAAGCUCAGGCACCUCAACUUGUCCCGCAAUUACCUAACUGGUGAGUUACCUAUUUGUCUCCAAAACCUCACCAUGCUAGAAGUCAUUGAUAUUCGGAGUAAUAAUAUCUAUAGUCCCAUCCCUCCUGAAUUGGGAAAUCUGAAGAAGCUAUGGUACCUAGAUCUCAGUUUCAAUGCGCUUCUUGGCCCUAUCCCUCCGACUCUUUGUCUCUUGUCUAAUUUGAUGCAUCUCGAUUUGGGGAGAAACCUUUUGAGUGGCUCUAUUCCUCUGGAAAUAGGGAAGUUGACAAACUUAGCGUAUCUGAGCAUGGAAGGUAACGAAUUCAGUGGAUCUAUCCCGUCAACAAUAGGUAAUUUGAAGAGCCUGGUUGCGUUGCGGCUGCGCUCAAACUCCUUCACUAGCCCUAUUCCUUCAUCUCUAGCACAUUUAACUAGCUUGAGGGUUCUAGAUUUUGGUAACAAUGAAUUCGACAGUGCUAUUCCGUCAAAAUUAGGAAAUUUGAAGAGUCUCACUCAUCUCGAUUUGUGCUAUAACUACUUCUCUGGAAAAAUCCCUCAUGAACUUGGGACUUUGGUCAUGUUAAGCUAUCUCAAUCUUCAGCACAAUUUUCUUCACGGUUCAAUUCCCAAUUUCGAAAAGCUUUUCAACUUGACGUACAUCAACUUGUCGGGCAAUCGUCUCACGGGAAAAAUUCCAAGUAGUCUGUUGAAUGUCAGUGAAAGUGAUAUCCACGACAAUGAAGGUUUGCGAGGGAUUGAUGGACCUACAAGAACGUCUAGGGGUAUGCGAAUGGCGGUAUUUAUACCACUGAUGGCUAUGUCAUUCGUUUCCUGUUUGGUUCUUGGGUCUUGCUUCAUAUUUCGACGUAGAGUGAAGAGCAUGCAAUCAGAGACAAUAGAAAAAAAUGGAGAUUUUUUGUCAAUCUGGAAUUAUGAUGGGAGAAUUGCAUAUGAAGACAUAAUCAAUGCAACAGAAGAUUUUGACAUUAAAUAUUGCGUUGGGACCGGCGGUUACAGUAGUGUCUAUAGAGCACAAUUGCCCAAUGGGAAAGUCGUGGCAUUGAAGAAACUUCACCGUCUUGAAGCAGAGGACCCAUCAUUUGACAAGAGCUUCCGGAACGAAGUGACACACUUGACUGAAGUACGACAUAGAAGCAUAAUUAAGCUCCAUGGUUUUUGCUUACACAAGCGGUGCAUGUUCUUGGUUUAUGAAUACAUGGAAAGGGGGAGUCUAUUUUGUGCUUUGAGAGAUGAAGUUGAAGCGGUGGAGCUAGACUGGUCUAAAAGACUCAAUAUUGUUUGGGAUAUGGCACAUGCCUUGUCUUACCUGCAUCACGAUUGCGCUCGACCAAUUAUUCAUCGAGACAUAUCUAGCAACAACAUUUUGCUCGAUAACAAAAUGCAGGCUUUCCUAUCAGAUUUCGGUACGGCAAGACUCUUAGAACCUAAUUUCUCAUCGAAUCUCACUGCAAAUAUCUCGGGCACUCGUGGAUAUAUAGCACCGGAGCUCGCUUACACUUUGGUCAUCAAUGAGAAGUGCGACGUAUACAGCUUUGGAGUGGUAGCAAUGGAAACAAUCAUGGGUGAGCAUCCGGCCGAUAUCAUCUUGAUAUUGUCGACGCUCUUUAGAGAAGAUAUUAUGCUACAUCAGAUAUUAGACCCACGCUUGCCAAUCCCAAGAGAGAAUUCUACCACAAGAAAUAUCGUUUUGGUAGUUUCUCUAGCACUUGCUUGCUUAAGUAGCGAUCCAAAGUCUCGACCCACGAUGAAACAAGUUUCGGAAACUUUUCGAGCUCCAAAACUAGCGUUGCCCCAGCCCUUCCAUUCCAUCUCGCUUGCGCAGCUCCAAAAAAAUAAUCAAGGAGUAUGGUGGGAAGGUGGAUCGAGAGAAGCAUCGUCAAGGCUACAAGAAGAGCAAGGACCAUGA